AUGUCUAACAUGACCACAAUGGCUGGAAACGACAGCGAUGAUAACUUUGGAACCAGUCAAUACAUGCCGACAUUCCCCAGUGUGACAGAACCAUUCUCACCUUCUUCAAUCUAUGUGAAGACUCCAGACAUCCAGUACUGGAUAUGCACUGUGGUACUAACUGCAGUAGGUAUUGUGGGAAACGCCAUGGCGUUCGCUUUAAUGGGAGACGUCAAGUUCUCGUCCUUAUCCUACCCUGUGUAUUUGAGAUUUCUAGCAGUGGCGGACAGCACUGUUCUAUUGUCAUUCUGCACGUAUCAGUCGCUGAGAUUCUUCCACUCCUUCUACAUCAUUAGUAUGUACGUGGCUGUCUGCAGAGUGUGGAUGUUCUGUAUGUUUACCGUAAUGCUACUCUCGCCGUGGUUGGUGGUUGGACUAACUGUGGAUCGGUUUUUCUGUGUUGCUUUUCCGCUGAAGCUUAAUCGAUUCUGCACGUGA